AUGGCGGACGUCCGGUCCAAGAAACGAGAAACCAAUUGGGGUGGGGUUCGGUUCGAGCUAUCGAUCGACUCGGCAGGCCAAAAAAAAAGAAGCAAACAACACAACCUCUACGAGCUUCUUGGCAAUGACCCUGAAUUGGACCCCAACAGAGAGCCAGAACCCCCUACGCGGGCUGUAGACAGGCCUGCGCCCCGACAUGGCAAGCGUGAUGCUCCCAAGGAGCCUGCCACCAAGCCCAACCUUCAUGAGAAUAAUGCUCGCCGUGGCAGUCGCUUCACUGGCAACGAGGCCGCUUUCCGUGACCGUCAGGCCGGCAGCCGCAACAACCGUGAGAAGCCUCUCGAUGAGGGCAAGGAGCCUCAGCGCCGUGCCUUCCACGCUCGUGGCGACCGUGGUGAGCGUUACCGCAACGAUCGUCAGUCCCGCACUGGCCAGGUUGACACCCGCAAGCAGGUGAACCAGGGUUGGGGCGCUCAGACUGGCGACAAGGCUGGUGACAAGGCUUGGGAUGACGAGAGAGCCGCUGAGAAUCUUGCUCAGAACGAAUCCGAACCCCAGACCCCCGCCAACGAGGAGCCUGCUGAGCCCGCCGAAAAGACCAAGACUUACGCCGAGUACCUUGCUGAGAAGGCCGCCCAGGGCGACCUUGCCGCCAAGCCCAUCCGCGCCCCCAACGAGGGCAGCAACCUCGACAAGAAGUGGGCCAACGCCAAGGAGCUGAAGCGCACCCCCGAGGAGGAGGAGGCCUACAUCAAAGGCAAGGAAGAGAAGGCCAAGCGCGAGAAGCAGCGCAAGGAGAAGAACGUCCUCGAGGUCGACAUGCGUUUCGUCGAGUCCCCCCGUGGUGGAAGCGCUGGCCGUGGCCGUGGUGGACGUGGCGGCCGUGGUGGUCGCGGUGGCCGUGGCAACGGUGCUCCUCGUGGUGAGCAGCAGCAGCGCGGUGCUCCCCCCGUCACCGUCGACGAGAAGAACUUCCCCUCCCUCGGUGCCAAAUAA